AUGUUCGAACCCAAGGCGACACCGCUGCAGACGCUGAGCCCCAAGGUCGACAACGUCCGCGACGACGACGAACUCCACCGCGAUACGACGACCACGUACCUGACGGGCGACCGCCCGCGCAACGAGAAUGGGCUCGUGGUCGGGCGCUGGGAGGCGCCGGUGUUUGGCUGCCUCACGGACGUGGUGCCCAACUGCCUCUUGGCCUUUUUCUGCCCGUGCGUGUCGAUGGCGCAGACCAUGGCCCGUCUCGGCGUCGCGAGCUACUACCCGAUGCUGCUGGGCCUCGCCCUCUGCUACGGCACGGGCGUUGGCGCGGCGCUGGCGUGGCUGCUCAUGUGGUUCUUGCGCUACAAGCUGCGCACGCGGCUCUCGAUUCCGGGCUCGGUCGCGACCGACGGCUUGCUCACCUUUUGCUGCUGCGGCUGCGCGCUGGCGCAGAUGGCGACGCAGACGCACUCGUACGAGCGCAACACGUGCUCGAUCGCGCCGAAAGCCACCUUGGUGGGGUACAGCGACUUGCUCACGCACCACGAUGCGACCCACCACCCGAUGACACCACCGCGUCCGUUUGCCCAUGCGUCGUCGGCGCCGCAGCUGGAGGAGCCGGCGCCAACGACGCCCCCCAAGAAGGUGUUUAAGGACCCCCCGCCCCCCGGCAUGCACUAUGAUACGUAG